CGUGUUCAUUUAAAAUGCAGCAUUUUUUAUUGUUCUUUAUUUAUUAUUUCCCUAGACAAUGAUCAAAAUGGACUUAACUUCACCAGACAGAUAAAGACAGAGGACAUUGAGUCUCCUCAUGUUGUUAAGACAUGUCACCUGACACAAGGAUCUCCCAUCUCUGGAGCCCAGCUAACAGGGGAUCUGCCCUCCUUGCACCCCCUACAACAGCUGGUAUUGGUGCCUGGGUCUCACCUCUCCUCCUCUUCACCCUUCCUCCUCUCUCAGACACAGACCGGGCACCAGGCGCUAUUGCAGCCGAACCUUCUUUCGUUGCCCCCGCAGUCACAGUCAGGCCUACUGCAACACCAGCCUGGAAUAGCUCUCACCUCCCAGGCAAUGGGUCGGACAGGUUUGGGGGGGUCCUCACUAGACGGCCACCUGGAUAUGUCCCAUCUGCAGCUCCCCAAGCACAUGCCUCCACCACAGCAGGAUGAGCCCAGUGACCUGGAGGAGCUGGAGCAGUUUGCCAAAGCCUUUAAACAGAGACGCAUUAAACUGGGUUUCACUCAGGGGGAUGUGGGCUUGGCCAUGGGGAAGCUGUAUGGAAAUGACUUCAGUCAGACUACCAUCUCGCGCUUCGAGGCGCUGAACCUCAGCUUCAAGAACAUGUGCAAACUGAAGCCCCUACUGGAGAAGUGGCUGAACGAUGCAGAGACUUCCCCCUCAGACGCCAUGACAAAUUCCACCCCCGUCCCAACCCUGAUGGAAGGGUAUGGGAGGAAGAGGAAGAAGAGGACAAGUAUUGAGACCAACAUCAGACUCACACUGGAGAAGCGCUUUAUGGACAACCCCAAGCCCAACUCGGAGGAGAUCACAAUGAUAUCAGAGCAGCUGGCCAUGGAGAAAGAGGUUGUGCGGGUUUGGUUCUGUAACCGGCGGCAGAAGGAAAAGAGGAUAUACUGUCCCAUGACCACCCCUCCCAUGAAGCCACCCAGCUACAACUCUAGACUGGUCACCACCUCCAGGUCGUUUAGUCCACUCGCCGCAAGUGGAGUGUCGUCCAGCUCCUCUCCCAGCAGUCCCAGUCGAGGAUCCUCCCCCGGCACGCUCUCGUCUGGCUCCGGUACACUAACAUCACAGGGGGUUACCCCUUGUCUCAACACUGGGUCUUGGUAUCGGACAUGGAACCACCCGUCCUAUCUCCACUGAAAACUUCUGAUCCUGCCUUAAUGGUGGAAAUUUGCUGGUAUACAAGCUGAAAGCUGAUUUAAUUACAAUUGAUCUUCCAUAUGCUAGUCAGAAGUGGAGAAGCUUUUGAAUUUUAAAAUAAAAUGCAUUAGUGGCAAAGCUUUUCUACUCUGAUUUAAACCACACCAUUAACAAGCAGCUUUGGUGGUCAAAUUGACCACAUAAUGGACCGAAGAAGAUUAAAAACAAACAGCAGGCUACAGUAUCAGCACUGAAAUCUCCCAGCCUACCCAGCAAGGGGAUUGAGCAGGGUUAUUAAAAUAGUGCGACUUGUCAACAUACUGGCAACAAACCAUAAGUGUGUCAAGUUCAAAUGAAUGGAUCGCCUUGUUUCAGGUUCGGUAUGAAUACCUGGUUAUGUAUAGUUCUUAAACCUAUUUUAAUUACCCUGGGGCUGGGAUUUCACAGUAGUCCCCUCUUGAUGAUGUCGUAAUGAGUGGAGGUGUGCAUGUUUUGGAGCUUAGGACUUACUCAGCCCCAUAUUGACGUUUACAAUACUGUUUGUUCAGAACUUUCCCUUGUAUUUAUGUAUGGGGAAUUAAGACAUCUAAAGAAUCUCAGCCAUUUGAAGAUGUCUAAAGCAAAUAUUUUUGAAUAUUUUCAUCUCUAUACAAUUUUUUUUCAAUGAGCAGAUGUGUAUGGGGUAAUUUGGUUUUCAAAUGAUGCUCUUUGUGUUUUGUAUUUUUCUUUGCUGAGGUAAACUUUUUUUUAACUUUUGCAAUGUAUUUUCCUUUCUGAAUGCCUCUGUAAUAGAUUAAGAGCAGACAACCAUAUUGUAUCUUGUAUCUUAUGAACAGAAAAGUUAAAUUAUAAAAUGUCUGUCUGACACCACAUCACUUUAUCAGUUAUUUGUUCUAUGCAAUGUGGUGUUCAACUGUGAGUUUUAAAACUGAAACUUUGAAGGGAAUUGUUUGUGUUAAAUAUUAGUUGUAAAUAUAAUUUACUGUUCUUUGCAUCUUAAGGAAAAUGUCAAUCUUUUCUCUGUAAUAUGUUGUCUGUUUGACUGGUGGGAUGAAGGAACUGAAUUCUACCAUUUUCAGUUUUUUUGGGUUUUUAGUUUUUGAAUAAGAAAAAUAGACAUUAAAGUUGAGUAUUUUGAGAUUAAACAGAUUGUGUAUGUCUUAAGAGAAAACAUGACUACUCCGGUAUUUCAUGACCCCACAUUAAACAUUACUG